AUGCAGUCUGCAGUUAAGCCAGUUAUUGGUCCUAGGAAAGAGGUCACUGACCUUACCGGCCGUGUUGCCAUUGUAUUAGGCGGAGCACUGGGUAUUGGCUAUGAGAUAUCCCGGGCCUUUGUUUUGAAUGGUGCCCGGGUUAUCAUGGUCAAUCGGAAAGAGGAGCAAGGUGACGAAGCAAUCAAAAAGAUCAAGAAAGAAGCCGGCGAUAACGCACAUGUCGAAUGGAUCCCGUGCGACAUGGGAGACUUGAAGCAGACCAAGGAGACAUUCACCAAGAUACGAUCGGAGGAAAAGCGACUUGAUUUGCUUGUUCUAUCCGCUGGUAUCAACGCAAACCAGUACGGCGAGACGAACGACGGGAUCGACCGACAUUUCCAAGUAAACUGGCUGGGCCAGUUUUACGUCUGCAAUCUGCUUUUCCCGCUGUUGCGCAGAACGUCCAGGUUACCUGACACACCUGCCCCUCGGAUCGUAUUCUUGUCAUCAGAGCAGCAUCGCACCGCUCAGAAAGCUGUUCACUUCGCCUCACUCGAUGAAAUCAAUAACCCCAAAAUGGGCCCUGUUGAGCUUUACGGUAGGUCCAAGCUUGCGAUCAUCCUGGGUGUCAAGUACGGGCUCUUGGAGCGUGUUAUCAAACCAAACAAGGAUAACAUCUACGCUCUUUCAGUACAUCCGGGUGCGGUCAAUACUGCCAUGCAGCAGCAAUGGAAGGAUGCCUACCCGGGAAUAACAGGAAAGCUUAUCACAUCAGCUAUGCUUGCCGUGGGUCGCGAUGUUGAACAAGGUUCCUUCAGUGCUUUGUAUGCCGCGACUAGCCCAGACAUUGAAGAGAGAGGAUGGAAUGGAUACUACCUAACCGACCCUGGUGAAAAGGGAAAGGAAUCUGCUCAAGCUUCUGAUCCUAAUCUGGGAGCUGCACUUUGGAACUUAAGUCAGCAAAUCAUUAAGGAGAAGCUUGGUGACGAUGCUGUCAUGGACUGGAGCGUAAUUGCUUAA